AUUCGCGUUGAUCGCGUCAAGUUUGCGUUUAUAAGGAGAUGUGAGAAGGUUGCUAGGAUACCUUGCAGAAUUAUUCGGUUAUUGGUGUGAAAAAUGACGUCUGACUCAUGGUUGAAGAUCAUUCAAAAUGCCAGGAAAACUGCUGUUAUUGAAGAUGGGAAAAGAAAAAUUCAUUUUUUAAUGGAAGAUGGGAAGGAAAUGGUAGAAGAAUACAGUACAGAUACAAAUGUAGUAGUACGACGAGCAUGGAAACAAAAGAAUGGUUUUGGAACAAACAUUGGAUGGAUGGUAGAAGUUGGAGAUCCUGAACUUAGACAAAAUAACAUAGAAAUUUGUGGAAUAGAAGAAAGUUCAAAUACUCCUAUUAUUACAAGGAGAAUUACAAAAGCGUCUCUGGAAUGGCGAAUUAGGAAUUUACCAUAUCCUGAAAAUAUAUAUUCUGUUACUGCAGAACAGGAUGGUACUAUGACUGUACGUACAAGCAACAAAAAGUAUUUUAAAAAAGUAAAAAUUCCAGAUCUUGACAGGAUCGGAUUAAAACCAGAACAGGAAAGAAUAUCAUUUCGGCAUCAAAAUAAUACUUUGAUUAUAACGUAUAAAAAGCCUCCUCAACUCCUCGACGUGGAAAAGAGAGUACUAGCUGCAGUUUUGCAACUGAAAACAGACUCUAAGGACGUGCAGUGUCCAACUAAUUAA